AUGAAUUCUCAAUUCCCUCGAUACGAUGCCCUCCCACCCGUCCCGGAAAUGCCACAGGGGUGUGCAUGGGCCGUAUUCAACAAAGGCGCCAAGAAAGACGUCUAUGGCUGUCUCAACAAGAUCACUCCGGAUGUGAUUGUGCAUGCCGCCUCCGAGGUGAAGGACGGCGUUAGCAUCUCGCUCAACUGGCCGAUGGGCGCCAUAAAACGUCCAGCCCUGUUCCGCAAGGGAUUGGUGCACAAGGUCACGUCGUUUCUAGAUACCCCGAUGAGUGUUCAUGGAUUUGAUGACGAGAUCGAAUUCAACACGCAGUCCAGCAGCCAGUGGGACAGCCUCUGCCAUUUCCAUUACCAGGGCCAGCGCUGUGGCUACAACGGGGUGAGGCCUUCUGCCGACGACCUUGUCCAGAGCUUUGGCGAUGAGGACACGGAACAGAAGUUUCCCACCAUCAACCACUGGCACUCAAGGGGCUGUCUGGUGGCUCGAGGAGUCUUGAUUGACUACAAGCUAUACGCGGAAAGGCACAAGAUUGAGUACUCACCCUUUGAAUCUCGGGCGAUCACAGUUGCCGACAUCGAGGCCAUCGCGCAAGAGCAGCGUGUCAGCUUCCGACAGGGCGACGUCAUUAUAAUCCGGACAGGCUUCACUACAGCACUGGGCGGGGCGACUGACGAAGAACAGCAGGAGAUGCUGGGUACGCAGAGAAGCGUUGGGGUAGCCCAGAGCCUCGAGACGGUGGAGUGGUUCUGGAACAAGCACUUUGCCGCCGUGGCCGCGGACAAUGCAGGCUUUGAGGUUCUCCCGCCGCUCGUCAAUGGACAAAACGAGGGCUCCCCCCAAGACAUGUUGCUUCAUCAAACCUUCUUGGGGCUAUUUGGGCUGCCGAUUGGUGAGCUCUGGGAUCUUGAAGCCCUGUCCAAGUAUUGUACUUUGCAUGGGCGGUAUACAUUUCUGCUGACAUCGAGCCCGCUGAAUGUUGCCGGGGCAGUGGCAUCACCCCCGAAUGCCAUUGCGAUAUUCUGA